UAGGUGGCAGCUGUUUGACGUGGAGAAACGAAGAAUGCUUUGGCGUUGAGCUGAAAGCGAAGGUGAAGAAAAGAAGUGCAGGCACAGUGUCUCUUGUCGCGGUGCGCCGAAGUGAUUUUCAUUAGGAAUUUCUGGAGUGGAAUAGCUGUUGCUUCCAUCCUGCUUCAGGACCUACUGAAGCUCUGUGAUUGCUGAUCCAUGCUUGACUGGCUCAAGGGGUCCUGGCAACAUGGCCUCUUCCAGACUUCCAAUCCUUCUAGCAUUGGCAUUUUCCUCUUUGUCCUUUGUUCUUUCCCAUUCAAACAGGGAGAUGUGGUUUCAGGAUUUCUUUCCACCUAACAUGUGCCCUAUAAAUGCCAAAGUCAACACUUUUUAUGGCAUAAUGUUUGAUGCAGGAAGCACUGGAACCCGGAUUCACAUUUACACCUUUGUGCAGAAGAGCCCAGAAAACCUUCCAGAGCUGGAAGGGGAAAUCUUUGAGUCUGUGAAGCCAGGUCUUUCUGCAUAUGCUGAUCAGCCUGAAAAGGGUGCUGAAACUGUCAAAAGAUUGCUGGACAUGGCCAUAGAUGCUGUGCCACCUCAUCUCUGGAAGAAGACCCCAGUAGUGUUAAAAGCCACAGCUGGACUGCGCUUGCUGUCAGAGGAGAAAGCUCAGGCUCUGCUUUUAGAGGUGAGAGAAGUCUUUGAGGAAUCACCAUUUCUUGUUCCAGAGGACAGUGUUAGCAUCAUGGACGGGUCUUAUGAAGGAAUUUUAGCCUGGAUCACUGUGAACUUUUUGACAGGGCAGCUGUCUGGCCAGAACCAGCAUACUGUUGGGACUCUGGACUUGGGAGGAGCCUCAACCCAAAUCACAUUCCUGCCGCGGUUUGAGGAAACUUUGAAGGAAACCCCUGGGGAUUUUCUUACCUCAUUUGAAAUGUUUAAUAGCACCUACAAGCUCUAUACCCACAGCUAUUUGGGGUUUGGACUAAAAGCUGCCAGACUAGCAACUCUUGGAGCUUUGAAUAUGGAAGCUGUGGAUGGACAAAUGUUCCGCAGUUCUUGUUUGCCAAAGCAGCUGGAGGCGGAGUGGCACUUCGGGGGAGUGAAAUACCGGUAUGGUGGCAACAAAGAAGGAGAAACAGGAUUCAAGCCUUGCUACUUGGAAGUACUCAAGGUUGUCAAAGGGAAACUGCACCAACCAGAUGAGAUUCGUGGAAGUUCCUUCUAUGCUUUCUCCUAUUACUAUGAUCGAGCAGUUGACACCAACCUAAUUGAUUAUGAACAGGGAGGUGUUUUGGAAGUGAGAGAUUUUGAAAGAAAAGCCAAAGAAGUCUGUGAUAACAUGGAGAGGUACAACUCAGCCAGUCCUUUCCUCUGCAUGGAUCUCACUUACAUCACUGCUUUACUAAAGGAAGGUUUUGGAUUUAGGGACAACACACUCUUACAGUUAACAAAGAAAGUGAACAACAUAGAGACAAGCUGGACUUUGGGUGCUACCUUUCACCUACUGCAGUCUCUGGGGAUAACCUAUUGAGCUGUGACAUUCCUGUGGACUUCAGCAUUUCUGAAAGGCUGAGAAAGCAAACUGUAAU